AUGUUUUCGUUCGAUGGAGUAAAGUUGAAAAUGUCCUUGACAAAAAAUCAAUACGCGCGAUCCAAUGUUAACUCCAUCACGACUGAUGUCAUCUACCCAGUAGUAAACUUUACACACUUUACAGUAUUUUUCAAUCUCCGACUUAGCUGUGGAAUAUUUUUUCCUCAUUAUAGUUUUAAUCUAUCGCUCUUUUUAUUUCACAAAAACCAUAAAAUGUCACUGAAAGCUUACGAAGACGCCUGCUUAAGAGCGGAACUGUUCGGUCAGCCUUUACCGGACAAAGAUGAAUUUAUCAGGAAAAAUAAACAUUUAGAUAUUGUUGAAUUCGAAGAAGUGGAAAUAAAAACUGCUGAGAAUACGGCUAUGCUUCAUGAUCAAAUGAAGGAAGGCACGACUGGUCUCACGGAACUCAACACUAUCCUAGAUUCAACUCAAACGAAAAUAAACCGACUAAAAGGCGUUUGCGGUAGCAUCACGAAUUUCUUCCGAGUCAAAUUGAAUUCCAAAGAUAAUAUUUCGUAUUCUAGCGACCCCAGUUACGUAGGUCAAACGAAUUUCCAAAGAGACUACGUGCCGGUUUCGAACCGAAUCGACUCUGUGAACGCAGGGCUUGGCCCCGACGAUACAGAAAUGUCAGGAAGCGCGCGAAAUGAAAAACAUGGCGGUCAACAAAAUGGCGGCGACAUCAAUACGGCUCUGAAACAUUUAGAUGAGAUGCAACAAGCCGAUAAGAAUGUCAGCAAAGCGAUGAUUUGUGAUAUUAGUAAACAAGUUGAUACACAAAUGAGUAAAUUAGAUCAGAUGAUUUGCCAAGCGGAUCGCGCUCAGAAUUCCUUGCAGCGACAAAAUAAGCAGUUGAGGUCUUUCUUGCGAUAGUAGUAAAGACUGUUCCUGUUUAUGUGCUCAAAAUUUAUUGUUAAAAUUAAUGUUAUGGUUAUUGGCUUUUUGUAAUCCCCAUAGCUAAUAAAGCUACUGUGCGUAAUCACUUACGUGGGUAUAUGUAGAUUUGGAUAUGAAUUUUUUUCGUGAAUUGAUAAAUUUGGACCUUUUCAUAUUGCUUAAAAUUAUACAUAGGUAAUACGACAUCCCAGACAUUAAUAUAACAAGGAUGAUGGGUUGCAUUGAAAUUAUAAAAUAAUUGGUAAAGCGUCUGCAUUGAGUAGCAACAAUGAUAUUUUUUAGCCACAAAAAAAAGGUUAAAUAUCAAUAUAUUUUAAAUUUUAAAUAUAAUUUAUGCGUGAUAACUUUUUUUUGUGGUUAACAAAAAAAUGACAUUACUGUUAGUGUAAAAAGAAUAAUAUAAAUUUUAUAUAUGUAUGCAAUUACUCUGGAUGUUUUCGUGGUUUUGUUUACUGAUUGGCUUCAUUCGUAAUAAAAUUACGAACUGAAUUUAAAAUUGCAUAGAAAAUUCAAUAAAAUAUCGUUUUGGGAAUUACAUUUCUUGGUGCUAUAAAAUUAUGUAUUAUAUUAAGCCAUUGUUUUGUUUAUUUUCAUUGCUUAGGUGAGUGAACGGGUUCACGAACCUUUCGGCUUUAAGUGGUUACCGGAGCUCAUAGAUAACCUAACUUAAAUGCCGCAACUUUGAGACGCAAGCUCUGAGUCGUACCUUUCAAACCCGAACGUAUGACUUCUCUACUUAAAUUUGUAUGGAGUUGCAACGAUUGCCGCUAGGGGCGCUGUUCCAACUGCAUACAAAUUAGAGUUAACUUUUACGUUAUCGAGAACGUAAAAAAACGUACAAACAUAAAGAAGUAAUGCGUUCGAGUGGUGUGACAUAGACGUGGACAGAGCGGUGGUGUCUACAUAUGCGGGAGCAAAAGUAUCUCUACCACCAAUUUCCGCGUGUGCGUAUCACGUAGUUUUUUAAUUGAAAGAAAAAUCGGACAUUGUGUUAGCUAUUGUACCGUGUGUACUCGUGAAAAAGCAAUCUUCUAUCCGAGUCUGUAAUGAAUAUACAUAUUACAUUUUUAUGAACAUUUAGUUCAAUAAUUAAAAUAUGGUGUCAAAAAAAAAACACGCUGAUACAGUAAGCUUAACUAUUUUUUUUAUCUAUCCCUAAAAUAUUAACCUAAUGACCAAGGUAUUAUUAGGUCGAUAAUAUUAUAAUAAAAUUAUUAUCGGUCAUCCGAUUUCGAUAGUUGGGUAAAGUUUCAACUUGUACGCUCGUCUUGAAGGUGCUGAAAAUUACGUUGAAUGUUUUCGUUAUAUAGAUAGAUAUAUGCAGGUCGAAUAAUAAAAAAAAAUACGUGAUUAAAAGUCACAAAACAAAUCUUCCAAACUCAUAAAGACAAAACGAACGAUAAAACGCUUAAGAACGCCUGUUUAUUUUUAAAAAUCGUGAUCUGCAAAUGCGUCGCGAUACGCAAUAAAAAUGAAAUGUAUGAAAAGAACAAACGGAAAUAAAGCUGUGAAUAUUC